CUUGAUUAAUCAACACACAACUGACAACAAUUAAAUUAACGCCAGGUAGAAAGAAAAAAGGGUACAAGAAACAGAGCAGGGUCAUGGGCACUCCGUUGAACCUCACAUCCAACAUCUUCUUCUUCAUCUUCACCUUGACCAUUUUCUUUGUUGCCUACACCUUCCCCAGGCUCCAACCAAAGCAAACAAACCUCGUAUUCUACGUCCACGACCACUUCACCGGCGAGCUCUCCACCGCCGCCACGGUGGCCGGAAAGUGUGGACCCGCCUCCAACAUCCUGCACUUUGGCACCGUGGCAGUCGUAGACGACCCAGUAACAGUGGGACCCAGCGACGACUCAAAGCUCAUUGGUAGGGCCCAGGGCAUAUACGUAAAUUCGCAGCUUGAUGGCAAAGGCUUGUACAUGGUUUUCUCCGUGAUCUUCACCAAUGGGAAAUUCAAAGGAAGCAGCUUGGAGAUUCAAGGAUCAGAUAUCUUCACGAUGAAGGAACGGGAAUUUGGGGUUGUGUCUGGAACGGGGUAUUUCAGGUUUGUGAAGGGGUAUGGGAUUAUGGAAACGGUGUUUAUGGAUAUUGCUAGUCUCAUGGCUACACUUAAACUCAAUGUAACAGUCAAGCAUUAUUAGGAGGAUUUGAUUUCUGCUGCAAAAA